GAAAUAACUUGUGGAGGUCGUCAGCCACUUUCUCUUUCUUGGUCUUGCAGCUUUGACAUCUUGAGUGUCAUGCAUCAUGUACAUUUCACAUUUUUGGAUAUUUUUUGGUGCUUUGGUGUCUUCAAAUGCUCUGGACCAGUUGAAUACAAGAUGUAUAGAUGUCACCGUCAAUGCCUCUCUGAAAUCUGAAGUCUUUCUCCCAUGUCACUUCAAUAUAAACCAUUACAAUGGAACACUGACAGUGAAUUGGAGCCACUCUUCCGCUACUGACCGUCUUGUAACGAUCAAGACUGAUGGCAAAAUCAUCUUCCAUAAUCCUAGUGAAGGACGAGUGAAUGUUUUUCCCCUUCUGUCUAAACAUGGAAACUUCUCCAUCUUCAUCCAUGACCUGCAGUCUUCAGACAUUGGCACCUACUUCUGUGAGCUGAACAGUGAAUGCUGGAGGGUGACGAUCAUUAAACGAUUCAGUGAGUCAAACCCCUGGUUCUACUUUGCAGCUGGAGCUGGAUUAUUUAUUCUCCUUUUUAUUGCAUUCAGCCUGUUGUCAAAGUUCUGUGGAAAGUGUGUAAAUACAUCAUCCAAUUCGAAUCCAGUUAAUGGAGUACAGCAUGAAGGUGCUAAUUCCCCCGAAGAAACACAGAAUACAGAAAGCAGUGAGCAUAGAAACAAAAACAGGAGAGGUGUGAUGAGGGGCCCUACAACUGUUUAUGAAAAUGACAUACACGCUCCAAAUCAAAGUUCUGCUGUGCAGCUGGGGCAACAUCCUCAGAGAGCCUUCAGAGCCAUUCCCGACCCAACAAAAAGUCAUGCUUUGGAUGCAAAACCAUACUACGUCAACCAGGCAGAGCUCUCCAUUCCAGUAAAUGAAGGCAAAAAACGGAAAAAACAAAAAUAUUAUCAGUUUAAUAAUCCAAUAUAAGUGAGACUUUGACAGCAGAAUCCAGUUCCACAGAAUCCAUGUUUCAGUCUGCAUUACAUAAUUGUUAAUUAUAAACAGUUCAACAUCUCAAUAAAUUCUUAUGUUUAACAA